AUGGCUUUAAGAUUUAUUAAUCAUACGGCUCCUAAAUUAUUUCGUUCUAAAUAUUCUUUUCAAGUGUUAUCAUCCCCGGUUAGAGUUUUUGCCUUUCAUACAGGACGUACUCAUUUAUUUCAAAAUUCUAAAUCUGCUAAAGAUGGAGCCAGUUAUAUUAAAGGAUCUGUUAAUGAUGCAGCAAUUUUACCAACAAAAGAUAAAGUAUCUGGGUCAUAUCACUGGGAUUUCGAAAGACUUUUAUCGAUAUCAUUAGUUCCAUUAACAAUCACCUCAGUUAUAAAUGGAGCACAUCCGAUUACAGAUCUUUGUCUAGGAAUAAUCCUACCAAUUCAUUGUCAUAUUGGAUUUGAUGCAAUUAUUACAGAUUAUUUGCCAGUUCGUAGAUCACCAAAACUUAACAAAUUAUUUACUUGGGGAUUAAGAGGUGCUACGUUGUUGGUGCUUAUAGGUUGUUACAAGAUUAAUACAGUUGAUGUGGGAAUGACUGAAAUCGUGAAAAGAGUUUGGCAUGCUUAA